AUGAAGUUUCUCAUCACCCUCCUGUCAGCUGCGGGACUGCUUGCUUCCGGUAUAUCUGCCGCGCCUCUGAAUGAGCGCGGCAUCAUCAGAACUCGGGCCCCAGGGACCGAUUACGAUAUCGACGAUGCCAUCGUAGACUGGAUGAGCGAUCCUAAGACCAAGAGAAGAAUUAAAACCGCCUGUGGCACUGUAGGAGGGUGGGAAGGGUGGGCGCAGCUUGAGCUCGAAGCUGAAUUCAGAGAGAAAUUUCAGAUCCCAGAAAAUACGGAUAUUCGUGAACAGUCCAAGGUUUUUGAGGGAAGACAGAUAGCCGACUUCCUCCUGCCAGAGACGGCUACGCACAAAGGCAUGAUCAUCGAGCUUAAGUGUGAAAACAAGAACGCUCAGAGCGGUGAUGGAAUGCAAAAGCCGGUGGGCUCAGAUAAAAAGAAGAUAUACAACGUCAAGGCAAAUUACAAGGAUCACACUUUCAUGGCCGUUGCCAUGGCGUUCACGCCCAAGGCAGACAAAGCUCUCACCAAGGUCGGAAUGAAACCUAUCCCUAAGGCUGAGGCUGACAUGGGUGCCGGGAAUACUAUGAGAGCAUACAAAGAGAGAAUGGAGGUUGGGACCUUAACCAAGGAUAUGGAUGACUUGGAAGAGGCCUUCAAAGGUUUAUUUGGUUCUACUCCUCCUGCAUCGCCACAAGCCAGACCUAAGACGCCACCUACAACUGGAUCAGGAGCACCAGCAAGACCAAAGACGCCACCUCCUACCAAAAAACCAACUGGAUCCCCGCCACCAGCACCUAAGAAGCCGAAUGGGUCGCCCUAG